UUUCCGCAGCACUUUAUACAUUUCACCGCAGAAGUUUCGAGCAGGAAGAAUUAUCUGUGUUGAGAGGCGGCUGAGGAGGAGGAAAGCAUGGCACUAAACGCAGAUGAUGAGGACUUUGAAUGGGAGCCUCCCUCCGAGGCCGAGAUGAAGGUGAUUCAGGCUCGACGGGAGCGACAGGACAAGAUCAGCAAGCUGAUGGGAGGCUAUCUGCUGAAGGGGUACAAGAUGCUGGGGGAGUGCUGUGAGCUGUGUGGGACAAUUCUGCUGCAAGAUAAGCAGAAGAAAAAUUACUGUGUUGCUUGUCAAGAGCUGGACUCCGAUAUUGACAAGGACAACCCAGCUUUAAACGCCCAGGCAGCUUUGUCACAGGUACGAGAGCGUCAGCUUGCGACUCAGCCUCUCCCUGAAUCUAACGGAGCUUCAUCCAGCGAACCCCCUCCCUCCAUCACGGGGCAGCCCCGGCCGGAGCACUGCGAGGGGGCCGCAUCUGGACUGAGAGGUCUCCCUCCCGCCAUACAGCCCACCCCUCUUUCUGUUCCCACCGUCAGCUCCAACUUUCUGCCACCAGCCAACCCUCCUCUCCAGACUGCCCCUCCUUUAGUGUCCUUGGGCAACACCCUCCACCACCACCCAGCCUUGUCAAGCGCAGAGGAGGCAGUGCUACACAAACUCAGAUGGGCCACACAGGAGCUCCAGCACUCUGUGUCAGUGGAGGCCAGUAUCCAGCUCUGCAGUCUGAUCCGAGGCUGUGCCGAAUCCCUGCGUAGUUUGAAAGAACUGCAGCUCUCAUAUGAUGGCUGA